AUGCACAACCCACACAAAAUCAACACAACAUGAGGAAGUGAUCUGUUCUUAAAGCAAAGCAGAAGAGAAAGAAGCAGAAUCACUGAUCUGAGCUGCAGCUGCUUCACACGGUGAAGGUGGAAGGUGUGUGUGAGCUGAUGUGGAUCCAGUGAAUCCAGCAGCAUGGAUCAGUGGGAGGAGCCACAGGAGGGAGCCCCUCCCUCUAAAAGCAGAGAUGAUAACCAUGACAACAAGAGCAAAGCUCAGAGGAACAAACCUGGAUCUGGACCUGGAUCUGCACCUGGAUCUAAAUCCAGCUGGGGGUCCAACAGGAGUGACAUGUCGAAGGAUUUACCUAUAACCUUCAAAGACAUCAUUCCAGGACUGAAAGAAGGUCAACAGGUCACACAGAGAGUCCAGUCUGCAGCCUCCAGCUGUGGAUCCAUGAAGAGUGACUGGUCCAAAGGGAAAACUCCAGACUUCAGAACUGAACCAGGACCUUCAGACUCACAUGUCCACAGAGAGAAGAAGAGGAGCGGACCCCAGUCUGCAGAAAGACCCAGAGCUGCAGAUGUUGGUCUGCAGGAGAUGUUUGGAGAACAUCAGAUCAGUCUGAGGAGCAGAAGUGAACAUGUGGCUGAAGGAACUGAAGAAGCAGGAAGAGAAACGCUCCUCAACAGGGUCUACACUGAGCUCUACAUCACAGAGGGACUGAGACCAGAGGCUCACACCCAACAUGAGGUGAUGCAGCUGGAGACCACCACCAAGACCAACCAGCUCCAUGACACUGCAAUCAAGAACCCAGACAUCUUCAAAGUCUUCCCUGACCAACACAGAUCCAUCAGAGUGGUUCUGACCAGCGGAGUUGCUGGAGCUGGAAAAAGCUUCUCAGUGCAGAAGUUCACUCUGGACUGGGCCGAGGGCUUGGAGAACCAAGACAUCAGUGCUGUGGUUCCUCUGUCCUUCAGGGAGAUGAACUUGAUCAGAGAUGAGCAGCACAGUCUUCUCACUCUGAUCCAGCUGUUCCAUCCAACACUCCAGAAGAUCCCAGCAGAACAGCUGUCUGUCUGCAAACUUCUGUUCAUCUUUGAUGGUCUGGAUGAAAGCAGACUUUCUCUGGACUUCAACAACAGUCCGCUGGUGUCUGAUGUCACACACAAGUCCUCAGUCAACGUGCUGCUCACUAACCUCAUCCAGGGACGUCUGCUGCCCUCAGCUCUGGUCUGGAUCACUUCCAGACCUGCAGCAGCCAAUCAGAUCCCUCCUUCAUGUGUGGACAGACUGACAGAAGUCCGAGGCUUCAAUGAUGUUCAGAAGGAGGAGUACUUCAGGAGGAGGUUCCCAGAUGGAGAGCUGUCCAGCAGAAUCAUCUCCCACAUCAAGGGCUCCAUGUCCCUCUACAUCAUGUGUGAAGUUCCAGUCUUCUGCUGGAUCACUGCUGUGGUUCUGGAGAACCUGCUGACCACAGAGCAGAGAGGAGAGCUGCCCACCACCCUGACUGACAUGUACUCCCACUUCCUGAUGGUCCAGACAAAGAGGAAGAAGAACAAGUACCAGCAGGAACAUCAGACAAGUCCACAAGAGCUGACAGAGACUGACAGGGAAGUUCUUCUGAAGCUGGGGAGGCUGGCAUUUGAACAUCUGGAGAAAGGAAACAUCAUGUUCUACCAAGAAGACCUGCAGCAGUGUUGUCUGGAUGUCACAGAGGCCUCAGUGUACUCUGGAGUUUGUACUGAGAUCUUCAGAAGAGAGUGUGGGAUCUUCCAGAAACCGGUCUACAGCUUUGUUCAUCUGAGCGUUCAGGAGUUUCUGGCUGCAGUCUACAUGUUCCACUGUUACUCCAACAGGAGGGUAAAGGUCAUUGAGGACUUCCUGAAGAAAAACAUGGAGAACCCAUCCCUGGAUGAGUUUCUGAGUAGAGUCAUGGAGAAAUCCCUGCAGAGUAAAACUGGACACCUGGACCUGCUGGUUCGCUUCCUUCAUGGUCUCUCUGUGGAGUCCAACCAGAGACUCUUAGGAGGCCUGCUGGGUCAGACAGAGAAGGAUCCAGAAACCAUCCAGAGAGCCAUCAACAACCUGAAGAUCAACAGUGACGGAGUUUCUCCUGACAGAAGCAUCAACAUCUAUCACUGUCUGAUGGAGAUGAAGGACCUCUCAGUUCAUCAAGAGAUCCAAGAGUUCCUGAAGUCAUGGAACAAAUCAGAGAAGAAACUCUCAGAGAUCCACUGCUCAGCUCUGGCCUACACUCUGCAAAUGUCAGAAGAGGUUCUGGAUGAGCUGGACCUGGACCAGUACAAGACAUCAAAUGAGGGUAAACGGAGACUGAUCCCAGCUGUGAGGAACUGCAGAAAGUUCAGACUUCCAGAAGAAUGUGUAUUCUUUGAGACUCACUGUGAAAUUGUGGCCUCUGCUCUGAAGUCCAACCCGUCCCACCUGACAGAACUGGACCUGACCAACAACAUCCUGGAGGAUGCAUCAAUGAAGGUUAUGUGUUCUGGACUGGAGAGUCCAAACUGCAGACUGCAGACUCUGAGUCCUUCCCCAGCAUUGGGUGACUCAAGAGGAGGAUUUCUGCAACCAGCAGAGGAACUUCAGAGUGGAACAGGAAGAACCAGAACCUCUACCGUCUGAAAAGGAGAGACAACAACUUCCACAGAUUAAAGAGGAGCCAGAAGAACUCUACAUCAGUCAGGAUGAAGAGCAGCUUGAUCUGAAACAGGAGACCUUGAUGGACAUUCCUACUUAUGAGGAAGAUGAGAACAGUGAAGCAGAUCUAAACAAUCAGCAGAGCUUUAAUGUAACUGAUAGUCAGGAUGAAGAAGGAAACCAUCAUGAAGAACCAACAUCAACUACAGAUGAAGAGACGGACCCACAGAACAGAGAUCAGAGGAAGAGGAGAGACAGAAGUCAUGUCCAAAGUGUGGACAGCUCUCGCAUGUUAGAAAGUCAGUGUGACUCUGAUUGUAAUAAAAAAUCAAACCACGAUGAAUUGGUUGAGAAACACAAACCUCCAAACGAGAAGAUACUUUCCUCUAUGAAGUCUGAUAAAAGAUGCUAUGUUUGUAAAGAAUGUGGUAAGAGCUUUUGUUUCUUGUCUAUGUUCAGAAUUCACGUAAGAAGUCACACAGGAGAGAAGCUAUUUGUAUGUAAAGAAUGUGGUAGAAGUUUUAGUCAAAAAGGUAAUCUUAAAAGACACAUGAGAACUCACACAGGAGAGAAGCCUUUUUCUUGUAAAGAAUGUGAUAAACGUUUUAAUGAUAUAUCUAAUCUCAAAGCACACAUGAGAAAUUUCACAGAAAAUCCUUUUUUUUGUAAAAAAUGUGACAGACGUUUUUGUAACGUGUCUCAGUUCAGAUAUCACAUAAGAAUUCAUACAGGUGAGAAGCGAUUUUUAUGUAAAGAAUGUGGUAGAAGUUUUAGUCAAAAAGGUAAUAUCGAAAGACACAUGAGAACUCACACAGGAGAGAAGCCUUUUUCUUGUAAAGAGUGUGAUAAAAGUUUCAAUGAUGUAUCUAAUCUCAGAACACACAUGAAAAAACACACAGGAGAAAGGCCUUUUUCUUGUAUAAAAUGUGAUAAAAGUUUUAACCGCAUAUAUCACCUCCAAAGACACAUUAGAACUCACACAUGAGCAAAGCCUUUUACUUGGAAAACAGUGUAAUAAAGUAUAUAUUGUAGACUCUAAAACCAGGAAAAGUUUGAGCAGAGACCUUGUGCAGUAAAAGACAUUCAGGGUUUUCGCAAGAAAAGGUAAAGAUCCGGAAAAAGUACAAUUUUUCUUCCAUAGAGAUCGAAACUAGUAUUUUACACAAAUUCAUGACAUUUUGAUUAAAAUAUUUUAGACAGGGUUUUAUUUGUAUGGUAAAUACCGUGUAGUUGUAUAACUUUUAUGUACCUUCUUUGAAAGCCCAAAUUAUUUUACAGUUACAUUCCCAUCCACCCACACACACACACAUUUACACACUGGUGGCAUCUGUGAUGUUUCACACUGGCACCAACCUAUAACCACCAGGAUCAAUAUAGGGUUCAGUUUUGUCCAAUGACACUUUGACACAUGGACGGGUAAAGUGGUAAUUCAACCUGCGAUGUUCUGAUCAGAGGUCAACUCCUCUACCUCGCAGCACAGCUGAUGACUUAAGUUUCUGUAUCCCAGAAAAUGUGAAUAUUUUAAUAUGUGUUUUAAAUCUUCAAAACUCAUGGGAUCAAACCUUAAUGUACUUGUUAACUCCAAAGCUUUCAUUACAUGAACACAGAUUCACAGACUGUUGGCCUCCAUAACACAUUGACGCAGUCAUUCAGUUAAAAGGAGACACUAGUUAGUAUUGAACACAUAACAAUGAACAGUUUUCUGAAGUCUGACAUGAACCAAAAACAUCCUUUUUUCAUGGGUUUGAUACUAUAUUCAAUUUUUUUACGACUGAUCUUUUUAUUCAUCUUUUCGUCACAGUUAACAAAACUGAAGAUAAAAAGAACCAAUACAUUUCAAUAUAUGUCUUAAAAUGAUACAUAAUUUGAAUUAAACAGCUUGCACUGACAAAAAUGUUAAAAUCUUUCACAAAAUGAAUUCUUUUAAAUGUACCUGUUAAUAGAAAUGGGUUGUUUUGUAUUAUUAGUUAAGACUUGAAUGUUUUCAUUGUGGUUGUAAUUUGUGCUGAGAUGAUUGCAUGUUGUUUAUGUGUGUUACCAUGACAACACAAGACAGAUUUCAUACGUCUUUAAAUCUAACUUUUAUGUGUUUAGUGAUUAAUUAGUGAGAAUUAGUGAGACUAGUGAAAAAUGUAUUCAGACACACCUUUGGUUUGUCUAAGGAUUAAUAACCCCUCUUGUUAAAAUAAAAUAUGUCCAACACAAGAGGCCCUCAGUUCUCAUCUGCCUGCCCAGCUGUUGGACAGGACAAGUUAGAAAAAAGAAAAAAAAGAAGUGUGGAGUCUUUCUCAAAGUGUGGGUUUCUGUGAAUAUGAUGCACUGUAUUCAUUCCAAUGCAUAUUUGUAUAAAAAUCAUAAAAUGACUUUAGUAGAAUCAAAUGUUAACAUUUUUAGACUAAAUGGAGACUGAAGCAUUUUUCUGUUUUUAAAUCUAUGGAAAAUAUCCCAUUAAAAAUCACAUGUACCGUAUUUUCACGACAAGGCACAUUUAAAAGUCUUAACCCUUGUGCUAUCCUAGGCACUUUAACAUUGGGCGUUGGGUCAUCUAGACCCACUAGACAGUGCACUGAACCUUUUUUCAUCAAUGAUUUGUGAACCUCACUGGUGUUCAUGGAAGUUAGUUUUAGGUUGGAUAUUCGACAGACAUUCAGCGCGUAUCUCCAGGGAGGUCUCUUGGGGACCAUAAACAAAUUAACCCUUGUGCUAUCUUAGAUGACCUCACCCUUACAUUGACGUGUUCUCCCUACCAUGACAAAGGUGGAUAAAGGUGAAAAGAUUUCAGAUAAGUGGCAUCUCUUGACACGUUCAUAAUUUCCAAACCAAGACUGCAUCAUCUCCUGAUUGUUUGAAUUGCUCCAAGAAAAGCAGCAGAAAUUGCCCAGAAGGUAAGAGCGGGUCCCUCCCAGAUGCCCCGAUCAGUUGCCUUUUAAUCAGGAGCGAGCUCAUAAUGCAGUUUCACAACACACCAAACAAAGUGUGAGACAGAGCGCAUGUUUCUAUCCCCCUUUCAGCAAUUAUGCUGCUGUGUGAAGCACAAACGCUUCAUUUAACACAGCCAGCAGCUUUGUUCAACAACUGCAAUCUCUGCCAUCCGAGAUCAGACUUAUUAGCGGCAUUAACAGGCCGAACGGCCUUGUUAACAUUUUGGAAAUGAGUCCAGCCUCCAGCACUCAUCAUUAUCCAGGUUGUCUGUUGUUUUCCAACCUCGGUGCAACAACUGUGCAGACUUUCAGCGGCCUGAUUGGACCGCCGCCUCUACCACAAAGGAGCCAAGAUUCCCACCUUUGUCUCUGAUCUGCACAAAGCAAACCAUGGACACCAGUGAAGAUCACAAAUCAUUGAAGAAAAGAGGUUCAGUGCACUGUCUAGUGGGUCUAGAUGACCCAACUCCCAACGUUAAAGUGCCUAGGAUAGCACAAGGGUUACCAAGCGCAUGAGAUGGAGAAGAUUUUAGAUCAAACCCAAAACUAAAUGCUUUGCAAAAAUAAAUUACUAUAAAAUA